AUGACAUCUGAAAGUUAUGAGCAAAAAUCACGCUUGAGUCCAUAUGUACGAAAGAUCAAUUUCGUUAAUGAUAAUAGAAGAAGAAAAAAGAAACCUCCAAAGCUUUGCCUCGAUUGUAAGGAAACCGAUAAUUAUGUCGAAUUAUUUUCUAAUAAAGUCAAUCGUAUUGAAGAAAUCGGUGAUAAUUUAUAUGACAACAUUCAAAAAAAGAAGACCGAAAAUUGUUCAAUAUAUAACGCAAAAUUUACUCUCAACAAUGUUCCAUGUGAAAUAGAAUACGACCUGUCACAUUUCACUUUACAAGAAUUAGAUAAAUUGGCGAAUCUUGCAACUGAAAAUUUCAAUGAUGAUAAUAUAAAUCCAAUUCCUACCUCUUUAAAUGAAAAUGAACAAUUCAUUCUCAAUAACGUCCCUUGCGAACCUCUAAAGCUAUGCUCCAUGUGUAAGGAGACUAAUGAUUGUUUCAAUUUAUUUUCUAGCAAAGUCAAUAAAAUCGAAAAAAUUGUUGACAACCUUCAUGAAUGUAUUUCAAAAAGGAAUGAAAAACUUUCAAAAUAUACCGCACAAUUUAGUCUUAAUAAUGUUCCUUGUGAAUUAGAAUACGACUUGUCAAAUUUCACUUUUGAGGAAUUACAAAAAUUGGUAAAUUUUACGACUCAAGAUCAAAGAUGUUAA